UUCAUAAAAACCACAGCCACAAUCCAAACAUUGUUUGUCAUCAUCUUCCUCUCUUACUUCUUUCCCUCCAGCAACUCCACCCUUUCCUUUUUUCUUCUAUUCUAUAAUACCCACUCUUAGUUAGUGCCGCUACAAUAUUCUUUCCCUUUCGUUUUUUCCAGAGGACCGCUCAUUAUUUUGGGUCUUCUCUGUUUCGCCAACAGAAGAGGCCGGUAUUCUCAAACAUGGGUUUUGUUCGAUCGAUCUUAAGGAUUGUUUCUGUUAUUGCUUUUGGGUUUCUGUUGUUGGAUUGCUUUGCCGUUGUGGAGUUGGGUUCUCAGGCUCAAGUUUUGCCGCCAGAAGAAGUGCAAGUCCUUUGGACAAUAUCUACAAAAUUGAACAACAGCCAUUGGAACAUCACUGAAGCUUCUUGCAGCAAGCCAGAGUGGAACAACACCAUUUGGGAUACAACAAUUCAAAGCAUUGUUACCUGCAACUGCUCAUUUGAAAGUGGCACCAUUUGUCACGUCACUAACUUCCAGCUGAAGGGUUUUAACUUAACUGGAGUUCUACCUGAUGAACUUGGAAAUCUUACUCAUCUGGUUCAAAUUGAUCUCACUCGGAAUUACCUCAGUGGGACAAUCCCCACAAGACUUGCUCAACUUCCAAACCUUCGAAUUUUGUCCUUUCUGGGAAACCGUCUCAAUGGCUCAAUUCCUCCGGAAAUUGGCAACAUUGCUACACUAGAGGAGUUGGUCUUGGAAGAUAAUCUGCUUGGAGGGCCUCUCCCUCCGAGCCUUGGAAAUUUGAGAAAUUUGCGGAGACUUCUUCUUUCUGCAAACAAUUUUACAGGAACGAUACCAGAUACAUUUAGCAACUUAAACUUAACUGAUUUUAGGAUAGAUGGUAGUGCACUGUCAGGGAAGAUACCUGAAUUUAUAGGGAACUGGACCACCCUUGAUAGAUUAGAUUUGCAAGGAACAUCUAUGGAAGGCCCCAUUCCUGCUACCAUAUCACAGUUGACAAUAUUAACUGAACUGAGAAUAUCAGAUUUGAGUGGAUCAAGUUCAAAUUUUCCCAAUCUUGAGGCUACGAAGAAUAUGGAGAGACUGAUACUGAGAAAUUGCAGAAUCACUGGUUCAAUCCCUAUAUACAUUGGGGAAAUGACAGUUUUAAAACAACUAGACCUUAGCUUCAAUAGGUUGACAGGCUCAAUUCCGGAUUCGUUGCAGAGUUUGGAAGCAAUAGAUUACAUGUUUUUGACUAACAACUCGCUCACUGGAGAAAUACCCAGUUGGAUAUUAAGAACUAGCAAAAACUAUGAUUUAUCUUAUAACAACUUUACUGGUACAGUUUCGACUAGUUGCCAGCAGCCAGAAGUGAACCUAGUCUCCAGUCAAUUGUCUUCUGCAAGCAGUGAGACUGCUUGGUGCCUGAGAAAGGAUCUUACCUGCUCUGGAGAUCCCGAACACCAUUCCUUGUUUAUAAACUGUGGAGGACCCAAGCUAACCUUUGAGAAUAAUGAAUAUGAAGAAGACUUAACUAGAGGAAGUCCAUCUAGCUUUAUUUCUGUAUCAGAAAGAUGGGCUUAUAGCAGUACUGGAGCUUACAUGAACAAUGAUGGCGCAGAAUUCUUAGCUGGUAACAGGUUUAAUCUGAGUGUGACUGAUGGAGAUGUUUAUAAGUCCGCUCGACUUUCUGCUCAAUCACUCAAGUACUAUGGCCUUUGUAUGAGGGAGGGCAGCUAUAAAGUGCGCCUUCACUUUGCCGAAAUUAUGUAUUCUGAUGAUCAGACAUUCAGCAGCCUUGGGAGACGAAUAUUUGAUGUAUCCAUUCAAGGAAAUGUAGUUUUGGAGAAUUUCAAUAUCAUGGAGAAAGCUGGCGGAGUAGGCAAAGGUUACAUUGCAGAAUUCGAUAAUAUAUGGGUUAAUGGUACUACUCUGGAGAUACAUUUAUACUGGUUAGGGAAAGGUACUACUGCAAUUCCGAAUAGAGGCGUCUAUGGACCUCUUAUAUCAGCCAUUACAGUGACACCAAAUUUUGAAGUUGAUACUGGAGGAGGGUUAUCGGUUGGAGCUAUUAUCGGAAUUGUAGCUGCUUCAUGUGUAGUUGUCAUAUCAAUCUUGGUAGCCCUCCGAUUGAGUGGUUACUUGGGAGGGAAGGACCUUGAAGACAAUGAACUUCGUGGACUAGAUCUCCAAACUGGUUAUUUCACUUUAAGACAAAUUAAACAUGCUACCAACAAUUUUGACCCAGCAAAUAAGAUAGGAGAGGGAGGAUUUGGGCCAGUUUACAAGGGAUUGCUGUCUGAUGGUGCAGUAAUUGCUGUUAAGCAGCUCUCAUCGAAAUCAAAGCAAGGGAACCGUGAAUUUGUGAAUGAAAUAGGCAUGAUAUCUGCCUUACAACAUCCCAAUCUUGUGAAGUUAUACGGCUGCUGCAUUGAAGGCAACCAAUUGCUGCUAGUAUACGAGUACUUGGAAAAUAACAGUCUUGCUCGGGCUCUUUUCGGACGUGACGAACAACGACUUCAUUUGGAUUGGUCAACAAGAAAGAAGAUAAUGCUGGGUAUUGCUAAGGGAUUAGCUUAUCUCCACGAGGAGUCAAGGCUGAAAAUUGUACACAGAGACAUAAAGGCCACCAAUGUGCUUCUUGAUAAGGAUCUAAAUGCUAAGAUAUCGGACUUUGGUUUAGCCAAGCUUGAUGAAGAGGAGAACACACAUAUCAGCACUCGAAUAGCUGGGACAAUAGGUUAUAUGGCUCCAGAAUAUGCAAUGAGGGGUUACUUGACAGAUAAAGCAGAUGUUUACAGCUUUGGAGUUGUUGUUUUGGAAAUCGUCAGUGGGAAGAGCAACACCAAUUACAGACCAAAGGAGGAGUUUGUUUAUCUUCUUGAUUGGGCCUACGUGCUGCAAGAGCAAGGAAACCUUUUGGAACUUGUGGAUCCCAUUCUUGAAUCAAACUACUCAAAAAAAGAAGCAAUGAUGAUGCUUAAUUUGGCUCUCUUGUGCACCAACCCAUCUCCUACACUAAGGCCAUCAAUGUCUUCUGUGGUGAGCAUGCUAGAAGGGAAAAUCCCAGUCCAAGCUCCAAUAAUCAAGCGAAGUUCCGCAGACCAGGAUGCAAGGUUUAGAGCAUUUGAAAUUCUAUCGCAUGACAGCCAAUCUUACAUCUCCAGUGUCUCUCAGGACAGUAAUCAUAAGGCUCAGAACAGCAUUUCAAUGGAUGGACCUUGGAUUGAUUCCUCAAUCUCUCUCCCAAGUAAUAAAGAUGAGUCACAAGAGCAUUCAUCAACCAGGCUUCUUAAGGAUCUUUAUGAUGUCAAGUUGGAUUAAUCAGUUUAUGGACAACUUUUACCUUAGUAUUAUAAGAUAAAUUAGGACAUUGUAUUGUCUUAAUUCUUGUGUAAAUAAGUUUUGUUUUUUUGAAGAGAUGAGAUGCAAAGGUUUGCACUAUUUUCUCUA